ACCUAACCUAACCCUACCUGAUCUCACUCCAUCGACGGGGAAAGCCAAAAGCUUUGUUUAACAAGACCUCAAACUAAAACCCUUCAUCAACGAUCAUUGCCAAGCUAUGGCUAUUGUGUUUCUCAGCAAACUCAGAUACAGAUACCCUCCAACAACCCCAGUUUUAAGCUUCCUUUGUUGUUUACAUGGUCGUUUCUUGUCUCUUUGUGUCAAACCCAUCAAUUGGAACACGACUCACAGCUUCGUCCAACGGAACCCUCUCCUUUCUCUCUUGGAAAGGUCCAAGUCCUUGUUUCAGCUGAAGCAGAUUCAGGCACGAAUGAUUUUGACGGGUUUGAUCGGCAAUGGCUUUGCUGCCAGUCGCCUUGUUGCUUUUUGUGCUCUAUCCGAAUCACAGAAUCUUGAGUAUUGUACUAAAAUUUUGUAUUGGAUCAAGGAGCCGAACGUCUUUUCUUGGAAUGUGGCGAUUAGGGGAUCCGUGGAAAGUGGAGACUUAGAAGGAGCUGUUUUGUUGUACAAGAGAAUGUUGCAAUGUGGUUUGUUGAAGCCGGAUAAUCAUACUUACCCCUUAUUGCUAAAAGCUUGUUCUUAUUCAUCCAUGAAUUGGGUUGGUUUUACUAUUCUUGGGCAUGUGUUGAAGUUUGGCUUUGAAUCGGAUAUAUUUGUGCACAAUGCGUCGAUCAAAAUGCUACUUUCAUAUGGAGAGCUGGAGGCGGCAUAUGAUGUGUUCAAUAAAGUUUAUGUGAGAGACUUGGUAACAUGGAAUUCCAUGAUUACUGGGUGUGUUAGAAGAGGGCUAGCAAAUGAGGCUAGAAAACUCUACCAGGAAAUGGAGGCAGAGAAAGUAAAACCAAAUGAGAUUACAAUGAUUGGGAUCAUUUCUUCUUGUUCUCAAUUGCAGGAUUUGAGUCUUGGCAGAGAAUUUCAUUGUUACAUUAAAGAACAUGGCCUUGAGUUAACAAUCCCGCUCAAUAAUGCACUUAUGGACAUGUAUGUGAAGUGUGGAGACCUGUUGGCUGCACGAGCCAUAUUUGAUAACGUGGCUAAUAAGACCCUCGUUUCAUGGACUACAAUGAUUUUGGGGUAUGCCAGAUUUGGUUUUCUGGAUGUUGCUCGGGAGCUUUUGUAUAAAAUUCCAGAGAAGAGUGUUGUGCCUUGGAAUUCAAUCAUUAGUGGCUGUGUGCAAGCUAAGAAUAGUAAAGAGGCAUUGGCUUUAUUCCAUGAAAUGCAAAUUAAUAAAAUAGAACCUGAUAAAGUGACCAUAGUUAACUGUCUGUCUGCAUGCUCACAACUAGGAGCACUUGACGUGGGAAUAUGGAUUCACCAUUAUAUUGAAAGACACAAUCUCUCUCUAGAUGUUGCCAUGGGAACCGCACUAGUUAACAUGUAUGCCGAGUGUGGAAAUAUUGCAAGAGCUCUCCAGGUUUUCCAAGAGAUUCCUCAAAGAAAUUGUUUGACCUGGACAGCCAUUAUUCGUGGUUUAGCACUUCAUGGGAGCGCACAUGAUGCUAUAUCCUAUUUCUUAAAAAUGAUUCAUAGUGGCUUAAGACCUGAUGAGAUCACUUUUCUUGGUGUCUUAUCAGCUUGUUGUCAUGGAGGUUUAGUUGAAGAAGGCCGCAAAUAUUUUUCCCAAAUGAGCUCUAAAUUCAAUAUAUCCCCUCAGCUUAAACACUACUCAUGCAUGGUGGAUCUUCUAGGAAGGGCUGGUCAUUUGGAGGAAGCAGAAGAGCUUAUCCGAAAUAUGCCAAUGGCAGCAGAUGCUGCUGUGUGGGGUGCUUUAUGCGCUGCCUGUUGUGUCCACGGUAAUGUUCUAAUUGGAGAGAGGGCAGCUUUGAAGCUUCUUGAGAUGGAUCCUCAAGAUAGUGGUAUUUAUGUUUUACUUGCUAGCUUGUACAGUAAGGCAAAAAUGUGGAAGGAGGCAAGGAAUGCAAGGAAGCUAAUGAAGGAGAGAGGAGUAGAGAAGACUCCUGGUUGCAGCUCAAUUGAGAUCAAUGGCAUUGUUCAUGAGUUCGUUGCAAGGGAUGCGUUACAUCCACAGUCUGAAUGGAUUUAUGCAUGCCUGGUUUCAUUGACAAAACAACUGGAGCUUCAUGUCUUUACAUGUGACAUUCCUGCUUAUGAAGAUAAUAUUUUUUCCUAAAUUUGUCAGCUUGUUUGCUUUAUUUCUGCUCAUUUAAUUAUGCUCUUCCCUGGACUGCCUGCACCCGUUUUUCAUUUUAUCCAGGGAUCCUACAUUAGAAAAUGUACGUAAAUAACACGAGUCAUGUCUUUCCUGUCCUGUGUCCUUUCACUGAUUUGAAUCUUCUUGUGCCCCUUCAUAUAACUUGUAAGAUCUUCAUUACAGAAGAAUGCAGAGUAAGUAUUAGAUUAUUAUGUGUGGCUCUACUUCAGUAUUUUAAUUGGAAAAGCACGGAGACUUAUCAUGUACAUCAUCAAAUAUUCUCUUUGUUAGUCAACCAUGUGUUCACUGUAUCGUCUUCACCUGUACGGAUUGUCAAAUUUGCUAGGAUGAGAUGAACAGGACUGUGUUUAUGACUGCAUUGAGUUCACUCUCUCCCAGUGUUGGAAGUUUCAUGGGUUCCCCUUUUCCUUUUUUUUCAUUAAGCAUUCUACUUUGAUGAAGACGUUUUUUCAUAAAAUAAAAAUGUGAAAUGUCUAAGGUCCAGCAGUGUUGCUGUAGAGAAUAAACAGUAUGCACAAUAUGAUUUUAAUAUGUUGGUUAACAUAUUUUUUUUACUUGCUUUUGCCCCUAGUUAUUGUCCUUUCUUGCUUAAAGUUUCCCCCUUUUGAUGGUUGACAAUUCUCCUACUCAUGGCAUGGUUUCCCCUGCCAACUUGUUGGAUCUCUUUACAAAGAUUUAACAGGAAAAUAAUUGAGCUGCCAGUAUGAGUUCUAUGAUAAGAUUGUUCAAGACUAAUUUUAUAUGAUUUUCCAUGACAAUAAAACUUUAAACAAACAUUGUAACAACCUAAAGGUUACUUGUUUGUAAUACUUAUCUGAUAUAUAAAAUUAUUUGUUCUCAUAUAUGGAUUUUAAUCACAAUUGCAUUUGAAAGCAUUUGAUUUUAUCUAAUCAAAUAUAUGGCAUCAACAAGACCAAAAGAAUAUUUGUUGAAAACAUUUGUCAAAAUCCAAUAGCUGACACUUUCACUUGUUUCUGCCUGUUGGUUUGAUAUAUAUAGUUUCCGGACUUGGUUCAUAUUUAUGUACUCAUUUUCUCUUUCCUGUGUUGGUUAAAUUUAGUUGUCUUUCCUGCUGUCAAAGGUUACUUGUUUGUAAUAUUAAAUUAUUACAACUGAAUUAUUCUGCCGUCUUGC